UGGGCUGGGCUGACAGUACCUAGUGACACAGUGCAGACACACCUGCAGACAUUCACUGGGGAAGGGCAGCAGCAGUAAGGAAACACAGGAGCCUAAGCAUCACCUUCAGAUACUUCUGUGCUGCAUCCUGGUCAAGUAUUUCCUAGCUGUGUGACCUUGAGUGUGAAUGAGGCAGGAUGAAUUGGACGGGUUUGUACACAUUGCUCAGUGGUGUGAACCGACACUCAACCGCCAUUGGCCGGGUCUGGUUAUCGGUCAUCUUCAUCUUCCGCAUCAUGGUGCUGGUAGUGGCCGCCGAGAGCGUGUGGGGUGAUGAGAAGUCUUCCUUCAUCUGCAACACCCUCCAGCCCGGCUGCAACAGUGUCUGCUAUGACCACUUCUUCCCCAUCUCCCACGUGCGCCUGUGGUCCCUGCAGCUCAUCCUGGUCUCCACACCAGCCCUCCUGGUGGCCAUGCAUGUGGCCCACCAGCAGCACAUAGAGAAAAAGAUGCUGCGGCUCGAAGGCCAUGGGGACCCCCUCCACUUGGAGGAGGUGAAAAGGCACAAGGUGCACAUCUCGGGAACCCUUUGGUGGACCUAUGUCAUCAGCGUGGUCUUCCGGCUGCUGUUUGAGGCUGUGUUCAUGUAUGUGUUUUACCUGCUCUAUCCGGGUUAUGCCAUGGUGCGACUAGUCAAGUGUGAUGCCUACCCCUGCCCCAACACAGUGGACUGCUUCGUAUCCCGGCCUACUGAGAAAACCGUCUUCACUGUCUUCAUGCUGGCUGCCUCUGGCAUCUGUAUUAUCCUCAACGUGGCUGAGGUGGUGUACCUCAUCAUCCGGGCCUGUGCCCGUCGUGCCCAACGCCACUCCAAUCCACCCUCCCGCAAGGGCUCAGGCUUUGGCCACCGCCUGUCACCUGAAUACAAGCAGAAUGAGAUCAACAAGCUGCUGAGUGAGCAGGAUAGCUCCCUGAAAGACAUACUGCGCCGCAGCCCUGGCACUGGAGCCGGCCUGGCAGAGAAGAGCGACCGCUGCUCAGCCUGCUGAGGCCACAUACCAGGCAACUUCCCCUCCUGACUGUCCCCCACCCACUCUCAUCCCCCCUAGGCCUGCCCUUCAUUCCCCCUCUCUACCCUACCAAUACUCAGGCCUCCCUGCCCACUCGGGGUAGCUCCAUCAAAGUCCCCCUUGCCUCCCUGUGUCCCUUUCCCUCAGGAACUUUCCUGAGAGGCCUUGGAGAAGUAGGGAGUUGGAGACCACCCACACCAGUACUCCAGCUUGUUAGGGUGUGAGCAGCUCUUGUUGGCUCUACCCCUUUCCUCUUCCUUCUCCCUGGGGCCAGAUAUAGGAUGACAGUUCUCCAAUGAUGAAGCUAAUCUUAACCCUUGGGCCGUCGGAUGCCCUAUUUCUGGAGUCCCAUCUGUGGGGAGAUGUGUGGGUCUAUGGAAUGGAGGGUGUGUUAGUAGAGAAUGGGGUGGGGGUGAAUGCAAGAAGGAGGGACAGAGCUUGCUGGCCACCAGGAAAAGGAGGAUGCAUCGGGGAUCAGGGAGAGAAGGAGGGAGAAGCAGGAAGAUAAGCUGGAGUGGAGGGUUGGUCACGGCUGCCUCUGCCUCUCCUCCUCAAGGCCUCUCUCUGCCUGAAAUGUUACAAAUUAAACAGGAUUUUACAGUAAAUGAA